GCGGAGCCCGGCCGAGGAGGUAGGGGUGGGCAUGCCCAGCCCUCAGGCCGCGACCUGGUGGGCCGCGCUGCCUUUUUUUCCUCCGGAGCCCGCUCCGUCCGCAUCCUGCUCCUCUCAUCAGCGCCCGAUCCAGGCUUCUGACAGCUUCCAGUUCCCACCGCGCUCUCCUCCGCCCACGACCUCAUCCCCGCCGGUCCCCAGCACAGCGCGAACUCUGAAGCUCGGCCUCUCCUCCCCCGCACAGCGCGCUCCGUCCUUCUUUCCGUCCCAGACCCUGCUUCUUUCUCUUCGGCUUCAUUUCCAACAACCCCGAUCAUCCACGAGGGUCGUCGUUGCCUAUCCACCCCCGCACCAGAAAACCAAAGCAUAUCCCCCAGACCCCGCCGCAUGCAGGCCGCGCACACAUCAGGCGCGCCAAAGCCGCCGGGCGAGGAAGCCGAGGGCUCGUCUUGCUCCCGUGUGGUGAUGGGCAAAGCCGAGGGAGCCCGGGAGCAGCGGGCGUGAGGCGGCGCCAAUGCGAGUGCGAGUGGUGUCCGCCGCCCGGGAGCGCCCGGGCCCCAGCGGAUUAACCGCCGCCUCAGGUCCCUAUGUUAACUACUUGAGACAAAAAUAAAUAUGGCCUUCUACAGUUAUAAUUCAGUUUUGGCUAUUGCUCAAACAAGAUUCCCUAGCCAUUUUGUCCAUCCUACCUGCUCUUAUUCCCCAUCAUGUGCAUUUCUUCACUUGCCAGAUUCCCAUUUAAAUAAGACAUGUAUGAAGAACUAUGAGAGCAAGAAGUACUCGGAUCCUAGUCAGCCAGGCAAUACAGUACUUCACCGAGGAACUAGACUAAUACAAAAGCUACACACAUCCACUUGCUGGCUGCAAGAAGUUCCUGGCAAACCUCAGCUGGAGCAAGCCACAAAACAUCCACAGGUGACAAGCCCUCAGGCCACAAAAGAAACUGGCACGAAGAUUAAAGAAGGCAAACAAUCUUAUAGACAAAAAAUCAUGGAUGAACUAAAAUAUUAUUACAAUGGAUUCUACUUACUUUGGAUUGACGCCAAAGUUGCUGCCAGAAUGGUUUGGAGGCUGUUGCAUGGACAGGUCCUGACCAGACGAGAGAGACGAAGGCUGUUGAGAACUUGUGUUGAUUUCUUCCGCCUGGUUCCAUUUAUGGUGUUCAUAAUUGUACCCUUCAUGGAAUUCUUAUUACCAGUGUUUCUGAAACUCUUCCCAGAGAUGUUGCCAUCAACUUUUGAAAGUGAAUCCAAAAAGGAAGAAAAACAGAAAAAGAAAAUGGCUGUAAAGUUGGAACUAGCAAAAUUUCUUCAAGAAACCAUGACAGAAAUGGCAAGGAGGAACAGAGCCAAGAUGGGCGAUGCCUCUACACAGCUCUCAUCCUACGUUAAGCAGGUCCAGACAGGCCACAAGCCCAGCACAAAGGAGAUAGUUCGCUUCUCCAAACUAUUUGAAGACCAGCUGGCCCUGGAACACUUAGAUCGCCCUCAGCUGGUUGCCCUUUGCAAACUGCUGGAAUUGCAGACGUUUGGAACCAACAACCUGCUCCGCUUUCAGCUCCUGAUGAAACUAAAGUCUAUAAAAGCAGAUGAUGAAAUAAUUGCCAAGGAAGGGGUGAGAGCAUUGAGUGUAUCAGAACUACAGGCUGCCUGUAGGGCCCGAGGGAUGAGAUCACUGGGUCUCACCGAGGAACAACUGCGACAACAGCUCACGGAGUGGCAGGACCUCCACCUGAAGGAGAACGUCCCUCCUUCCCUUUUGCUCCUGUCCCGCACCUUCUACCUGAUAGAUGUGAAGCCCAAGCCGAUUGAGAUACCACUCAGUGGGGAGGCUCCACAGACUGAUAUUCGUAUGGAAUUACCUACUUUCACUGAAUCUAAAGAGAAUGUGGUGGAUCUUGCACCUCAACUGAAGGGAACUAAGGAUGAAGACUUUAUACAGCCACCACCGGUUACAUCAUCACCCGAAACACCAUCAACACCUAUUUCGUUACCUAAAGGAUCCAUCACUUCUUCUAAAGAAGCUACACUCCAGGCCAAAUCACAAGUGACGGCCCAGAACAGCAAGGCUAGUUCAAAAGGAGCAUAAGGACUACUUGAGGAUGAAGCUCACUCUCUUCAGCUUCCGGCCCUCAACAGUGGCAUCUGUAAAGGACCUCCCAGAUCAGACUGUCUGGCUUCAGAGUGGAUCAGCCAUUUAGCCCGUGGGGCAGUCCUUUGAGGCCUGGUAACCAUUCCAGGUGAUGUGGGUAGUGAGACCAAGUUCAGACCACUUAAAAAAUAUAAUUGCAAAGUCCCAUUUCCUCUGUACCAUUGUCACUCCACUCAACUUUGUAUAAAGCCCACCCCCCAUCAUGUUGUUUUUUUAGUUUGUGUACGUCCCUUAAGAGAGGAAAUUUUUUGCACAGUGGAGUCAGCUUGGCACCUUAGAUACCUCUGUCUCCUAUGGCUUGGAAUUCUGAGUAAGAACUUGGAAGUUCCAAAAACCAUUUUAGGAGCACCUGAUUAACUUUCUGAAUGAUCCACCAGUAGGAUCAGCACUCUGGAAACAAAGUACCUUAUGAGAUGGGAUGGAUAUACUCCCCAGUAAGAUCUUUCUGGAUAUAAUGAAGCUUCUUGGAGAAACAGACUGGCAAUCAGAAAGAUUUGGCUGCUUCUGACAUCCCCCUCUUGGGCCUGCAGAGGCUGCAGCAAUCUGUGAGGCAGCCGCAAUCUGUGAGGCAGCCACUCUUCUAGCACAUAUGGCUUUCAUUAGCCACCAUUUUGCUAGGAAGCAUAAUUAAGGGUUUAAGCCUUAACCAUUUGUUUGUCUUGGGUGUGUGUGUUUCUGGCCAGUUUGUCUUUCACAAAUAAGACUAUUAGUCAUAGGGGUUGUGAAGGUCUGAUAUAAUCCCUGUGCUACCCAGCAACAAGUAUUACAUUAGGCUAUUUAUGUUUGGUGUUUUCAGUAUUAAUAAUACUGAAAGAUAAACUGCCAUCCAGCUGACUAAGGGCUUUCUUCCCCUGGGGAGUGGUUAGAAGGCCAAAGGUAUUUCAGCCUGUAGGUGAUAAAAUUAGAUUUCUUUACUUGCUGUGGUUAGACAGCAGUCAGUUAAAACAAGUAAAACUCAACUGUCCUGUCUGGGAUCACCUAAAUGAGGAAUGUCACCAGCACUUCACGGCAAGAAUAUGCAUUCUACAGUGCUUUCUAAACUUCUGCUCCAUCAGAGAAGCCCCACCAUGUCCCACUGAUGAAGCCCAGUUCUUUGGGAAUGAUGAAUCCCUACUGUGCACACACAGCAGUCAUGGAUCCUGCCUAUCGAGGUGAUUCACAAUACAUUUUCCCAUUUCGAAAAUGA